CCUAUCGAGCGAAUUCAUCCAACCUCCAUCUGGCAACACUGACCGAGACAUGUUUACAUCUGUCCGAAGAAGAUCAGCUUCUUGCAAAAUUAACAAGAAUGGCGAUGAUGCAGGAGCGAGGCAGUGUAGUGGAGCAGGAGGAGGAGGUCGACAUGGGAGCGGGAGGACCCCUUCUCAUCCAGACAUUGGAGCAAAAUGGUAUAUCAGCAACAGAUGUCAAAAAGCUAGAGGAAAAAGGUUAUUACACUGUUGAGUCUGUUGCCUUUGCCCCCAAGAAAGCUCUACUGGAGAUUAAGGGAAUCAGUGAAGCUAAAGCAGACAAGAUACUGACAGAAGCCUCAAAGUUAGUGCCCAUGGGUUUCACAACUGCGACAGAGUUCCACCAGAAGCGAGCUGACUUGGUGCAGCUCACAACAGGGUCUAAAGAGCUGGACAAACUACUGGGUGGAGGAAUAGAAACAGGUUCCAUCACAGAGAUCUUUGGUGAAUUCCGAACAGGGAAGACCCAGCUCUGCCACACCUUAGCUGUCACCUGCCAGCUGCCCUUAGAAAUGGGUGGUGGAGAAGGGAAGUGCCUCUAUAUCGACACAGAGGGAACCUUCAGACCUGAGCGUCUCCUUGCAGUUGCAGAUAAAUUUGGUCUCAAUGGUGCAGAUGUCUUAGACAAUGUUGCCUAUGCACGAGCAUAUAACUCAGACCACCAGACACAAUUGCUGAUACAAGCUGCAGCUAUGAUGGCAGAAUCCAGAUAUGCUCUAUGCAUUGUUGACAGUGCAAUGGCUCUCUAUCGUACAGACUAUGCAGGCAGAGGGGAGCUUUCUGCAAGACAAAUUCAUUUGGCUAGAUUUUUACGAAUGCUUCUCAGACUUGCUGACGAGUUUGGUGUGGCAAUAGUGAUAACAAACCAAGUGGUGGCCCAGGUGGAUGGGGCAGCCAUGUUUGCCGCUGAUCCCAAGAAGCCAAUCGGAGGCAAUAUCAUGGCACAUGCUUCAACCACAAGAUUAUACCUCCGAAAAGGCAGAGGAGAAACUAGAAUAUGCAAGAUAUAUGACUCUCCUUGCCUGCCCGAAGCCGAAGCCAUGUUCGGAAUAUACGCAGAUGGUAUAGGAGAUGCUAAAGACUGAAGCUACUUCCUGAACUUCGUUAAAAAUUUUAUAAAGUUAACUAUAUUUGUAUACAUACUAGCUAGAGCCCGACAUUUAGUAAGGUUACCUAGUUUUGUGUGUAUUCAAGCAACAAACAAAAAUUUUAUAAUGUUAGCUAGAUUUUUAUAUAUACAAACUGCAGACUCUUGUUUAGUGGACCACUGUAUGCAAUGCUUUACUGUCAUUGGAGGGUAAGGAGAACAUGUAACCAAGUACAAAUAUACCAUUGUCUAUUGUAUUGCCUGAAAGAAUCUUGGACAUGUUGGUAAUCUCGUUUUAUUAUGAUUGAAUAAAAGAUAUAUAUUUACAUAUAUUGGUUAUCACUGAUCACUACAAUAAUAAGUGAUAACUUGUGUCGUAAGGUUUGUGUGUUAUCUUCUCAAUUUCACUCGGACUCAUAAUUCGGUGCAUUUUCAUAGUUGUUUUUUGAGGAUCAGUAAGAAAGGCUAAUCUGUAUAACCAUUUCCAGGUAAUAUGAUUUAUCUGGAACAUAAUUAUGCAGUAAAUAUGAAAAGAGUUUAAAUAUUUUGAAAUUGUGUAUACCGUCAGCUUUAGCAUAACGUAAAAUGCAGGCAAGUUUUCUUUUACAAAACAAAGGAUAUUAGAUUCUUUAUCUACUCAUAAUUGUAAUUUUUAUUUACUUUGAAGCUAUCAUUUCAUAAAGAUAAAUAAAAAUAUAUUCAUAGUACUUAUUUGUUGUAUGUAUUGAUAUUAAAGAAAUCAAAUGCAUAUUUUAUCUUUACGCAUUUAUUUGGUUUGCUUCUAGAUUGCACUGAAAGUUUUUUUGUUUUUUUUAUGAAAUAAAGUUCAACUAUACUAGCAUUGUAUGAUUAGAUAUUAUGCAAAUAGACAAAAAAGUAUAUUAUCAUGAUGAGAUGUAUUUCAUCUGAUGUUUGUCUAAAUCUUUUGUCUUUCAUUAUCUCUCUCCCUGACAGAAAAUAAUCGAAAAUACCAAGGCAAGAUCCUUUUAUAAUUUAUUUUCAUUCCUCUUCUCACAAAUGACCCUGCGAAGAUGAUUACAUUAGUGCCUUACAAUAUUUUAACCAAACAAGGAUGUGAAUAUAUAUUUUGUAAAGUGGUAGGUGAUACUGGUAUGAAUUUGUAUUGAAAUAUUUUGUAUAAACCAUAAAUAUUUAAAUAUAGA